AUGGGGGCAAUCGGAUCCGAGCCCGAACUGGGCCACAGAGACCUGACACCCGAGAUGGAGAUCGAAAAGCUUAGUCGACAGAGGCCCAAAGAGUUCCGAAACAUUUGGUCGGAGAUGGGGUUCUGUGUUUCAGUCUUGGGGUGUAUGCUGAUGGCGGAGCUGGAGAUCCCUGCAGGCUCUCAGACAUGGCCUUCGAGUGUAUUCUCUCUUGUGACAGGGGCAUUUCUAUUGCCCUUCGGCCGCAUCGGCGAUAUGUAUGGAGGCUACGCUCUCUUCAAUACUGGCAUGGUCUGGUUCCUCAUCUGGAACCUCGUUGCUGGCUUUAGCCAGAACUAUAUCAUGCUCAUAGUCUGUCGUGCACUUGCAGGACUCGGGCCAGCGGCCUAUCUCCCCGCGAGCAUUGCUCUUCUCGGCAAAAUCUACCGACCAGGACCGCGCAAGAAUCGCGUAUUUGCUCUGUACGGUGCCUUUGCGCCGCUUGGAUUCUUUUUCGGUAUCCUAUUUGGUGGCAUCACAGGCGAAUACCUGACCUGGCGAUGGUACUUUUACCUAGGAUCUAUUAUGCUGGGUAUUUUCUGUUUGGCGGGAGUCACUACCAUUCCGAAUGACUUUCAUCGCACACCACCAUCCGGCAUCCAGAUGGAUUGGCUGGGUGUGGCCACGAUCGUGCCUGGCCUCAUCCUCUUGGUAUACGCUAUUACCGACAGCUCUCAGGCUCCAAGCGGAUGGGCAAGUCCUCGCAUCAUUGUUACACUGAUUCUUGGUGUCGGAUUUCUUGCCGCGGCUGUGUACGUCGAAGGGUACGUUGCCGCAAAGCCGCUCUUGCCUGCUGAGCUGUUCCGUACAAAGGGUAUUAAGCCACUCGCGGUGGCACAAUUUGGUCUCUACGGCACCUUUGGCAUCUUUCUUCUCUACAGCAGCUUCUACCUUGAGCUUGUUGUCGGCAAGUCGCCACUGGUGACCGCUGUGUGGUUCCUACCGAUGAUUAUCGGCGGUCUAUUCAUUGGGACGGUGGGAGGUAUGGUCUUGCACCGUCUGCAUGGAACAGUGCUUCUGUGCCUUUCUGGUGUAGGGACUCUUGUAUGUGUCUUACUAUUUGCCCUGAUGCCUGCAGAUCCGAACUACUGGGCCUGGGUGAUGCCGUCCAUGAUUGCCGCAACGAUUGGUAUCGACAUUGCUUUCACAGUUAGCAAUGUCUUCAUCACAACGAACCUGCCAGGACAUCAGCAGGGGCUUGCAGGAGCUUUCAUCAAUAGCCUCUUAUUCUUAGGUGUAAGCUUCUUUCUCGGAUUUGGGGAAGUAGCAGUCUCACAUACCAGCCAUCUCAGCCGGCAGAAGAACUAUCAGGUUGCAUUCUGGUUCGCUGUCGGGUUGUCAGGUGUAUCGUGCCUCAUUCUGCCCUUUAUCAAAAUUGGGCAUGCCAAAAGUGAACUUACAGUAGAGGAGCGGGAGGGAUUAGAAAGGCCAUAG